GAUCUGUUGCUACGGCUCGGGGGAGAAGAGAGAGAUCAUGGCGAAAUCGAGGGCGGAUGACGAGGAGUUGAGGCGGGCGAGCGAGGCCGCUGUCGGCGGGGAGAAGGUAUUGGUGGCGGUACGUGUGGCGAAGAGUCGGAGCAUCCUCGGCAAAGCCGGUCGUUUUGGCCUUGGUCGGCACAUGGCCAAGCCCAGAGUUCUCGCACUUACCACCACACGACCAUCCUCCAAACAUCAGAGUCCUAAAGCUCAUCUUCAUGUCUUGAAGUAUUCAUCUGGUGGAGUUAUUGAGCCUGCAAAACUUUACAAGCUGAAGCAUCUUACAAAAGUGGAGGUUGUUCCGAAUGAUAAUAGUGGAUGUACCUUUAUGCUGGGAUUUGAUAAUCUUAGAAGUCAAAGUGUUACUCCUCCACAGUGGACAGUACGCAACAUUGAUGACAGGAACCGGCUGCUUCUUCAUGUUUUAAAUGUCUGUAAGGAGAUGCUGGGUCAUAUGCCUAAGGUUGUUGGCAUAGACGUUGUGGAGAUGGCCCUUUGGGCUAAGGAAAAUAUUCCUACAGUCAAUAAUGAAGUUAAAAUCCAAGGUGGUCCAGUUGCAUCGGUUAUAAUACAGAGAGACUCUCAAGUUACAGUUGAAAGAGAGCUUGUUUCACAAGCUGAAGAAGAGGACAUGGAAGCUCUUCUUGGAACGUACGUAAUGGGCAUUGGUGAAGCAGAGGCAUUUUCUGAAAGGUUGAAACGUGAACUUCAUGCUUUGGAAGCGGCAAAUGUACAUUCUCUCCUAGAAAGUGAACCCUUAAUACAACAGGUCUUACUGGGGCUAGAGGCAAUUACUGUCUCAGUGGAAGACAUGGACGAAUGGCUUCGCAUUUUUAAUGUGAAACUCAGACACAUGAGGGAGGAUAUUGAAUCUAUCGAAUCACGUAAUAAUAAGUUGGAGAUGCAAUCUUUAAACGACCAAACACUUGUUGAGGAGCUUGAUAAACUUCUUGAAAGAUUGCGCAUUCCUUCUGAGUUUGCAGGGGCUUUAACUGUUGGUUCAUUUGAUGAGGCCCGUAUGCUCAAAAAUGUUGAAGCAUGUGAAUGGUUAGCUGGGACAAUAUCCAGCCUUGAAGUGCCAAACUUGGAUCCAUGCUACUCAAACAUGAGGGCUGUUAGGGAAAAGAGAGCCGAAUUAGAAAAACUAAAAGUUACAUUUGUUCGGAGAGCAUCUGAAUUUCUUAGAAAUUACUUCGCUAGUCUUGUCGACUUUAUGAUAAGUGACAAAAGCUAUUUUUCUCAGCGUGGACAGUUAAAACGGCCUGAUCAUGCUGAUCUGAGAUACAAAUGCAGGACAUAUGCAAGGCUUCUUCAGCAUUUGAAGAGCCUUGACAAGAAUUGCUUAGGCCCUUUGAGGAAGGCUUACUGUCAUUCUCUCAAUUUGUUGCUCCGUAGAGAGGCACGUGAAUUUGCCAAUGAACUCCGGGCAAGUACUAAGGCUUCCAGAAAUCCUGCAGUUUGGCUUGAAGCUUCUACAGGUUCCGGUCAGUCCCCAAAUAAUACUGAUACUUCUACAGUUUCAGAAGCUUAUGCAAGAAUGCUCACAAUUUUUAUUCCUCUUCUUGUGGAUGAGAGUUCAUUCUUUGCACAUUUUAUGUGCUUUGAUGUUCCUGCUCUCGUUUCACCUGGAGUCCCUUCUAAUAUUAAGAGGGCUGUAAUGGAUGGUGAUGAAGCAAAUGAUGACCUCGGUAUCAUGGAUCCUGAUGAAGAUGAUGGUGACCUAAAUGAUAUUUCUUCUGAGUUUGGAGCGCUAAAUGAAGCUCUUCAAGAGUUGCUUGAUGGAAUACAAGAAGACUUUUAUGCAGUGGUAGAUUGGGCAUAUAAAAUUGAUCCUCUUCGCUGUAUCUCUAUGCACGGGAUUACAGAGCGCUACCUCUCCGGUCAAAAGGCAGAUGCUGCAGGAUUUGUCCGUAAGCUUUUAGAUGACUUGGAAUCCAGGAUAUCAAUGCAAUUCAAUAAGUUUGUUGAUGAAGCUUGCCAUCAGAUUGAGAGGAAUGAACGUAAUGUGCGACAAAUGGGUGUUCUAUCUUACAUUCCAAGGUUUGCUACUCUAGCAACUCGAAUGGAGCAGUACAUCCAGGGGCAGUCAAGGGACUUGGUGGAUCAAGCUUACACAAAAUUAGUUAGCAUAAUGUUUUCGACUUUGGAGAAGAUAGCACAAGCUGAUCCAAAAUAUGCUGAUAUUGUACUUUUAGAAAACUAUGCAGCCUUCCAGAACAGUCUUUAUGAUCUAGCCAAUGUGGUGCCCACUCUUGCCAAAUUCUACCAUCAAGCUAGUGAAUCUUAUGAGCAAGCUUGUACUCGGCAUAUCAAUAUGAUUAUUUACAUUCAAUUUGAAAGAUUAUUUCAGUUCCAUCGGAAAAUUGAGGAUUUAAUGUACACCAUUACUCCUGAGGAGAUUCCCUUUCAGCUUGGCUUAUCAAAGAUGGAUCUUAGAAAGAUGAUAAAAUCCAGUCUAUCAGGAGUUGACAAGUUGAUCAAUGCCAUGUAUAGGAAAUUACAGAAGAACUUGACUUCCGAAGAACUAUUACCUUCUUUGUGGGAUAAAUGCAAGAAAGAGUUCCUGGACAAGUAUGAAAGCUUCGUUCAACUAGUUGGCAAGAUAUACCCAAAUGAAGUUAUUCUUUCUGUUGGAGAAAUGAAAGAUCUUCUUGAUUCCAUGUAGAUACAUGAUCACUGAUAACUGUUCAGAAUAUUUCAUUUUAUCUGGUAUUAAUUUUUG